UCGUCGUCGUCGUCGUUUCUAAGCCUCGUGCAAUAUAAUUAUUGAAUACUCCGCCUUUGGUUCUUUUUUUGGACAGUAUAUAACACAUAGUGUACUCGUUUAUUUAGUUGUUGGUAUAAGAAUAUUCUACAAAUACGAACAGCAAUUAUAAUGAUAGCACCAUGGUUGUUGACAUGAAAUAAGUUCAGUCUUCUAUUUUGUUUAGUAUUCUAUUGGGAGUCUUUGAACUUGGUUAUAGAGUUAUUGAAAGUUCUAGUUUAAUUUAACUUAACUAAAAGCACUGUUCUAUUGCUUUAGGAGGUCAUUGGUUUGUUUUCAAUAGACUCUUUGGCAAAAUCAAUAUUAACAAUCGAUCAAUAUGGACAACUUCAAGUAAAUAUUUCCAUAUGUCAUUUAAUAUAAAGAAUCACGGUUAUAUUGUGUUUUGUUAACUUCGGAGAACUGCAUUGCUUCCUAACAUUUUCCGUAGUAAUGAAAUAUUUUGAAUGUUCCACCCUUACUUUAUUAUUGUGUUCGAAUAAAAAAUACUCUUCGAAGUUAUUGCCCAUUAAUAAAAAAAUAUAAUGAAUGUUGAAUAUGAUAUAAAUAAAGUUGUUGGACAUUUAUCUAAUCAUUUAGAGGCAGCCGUUGAAGCAGACGUGUCUUUUGAAAUAAAUAUUCUAACGUAUAAAUGUGGUACUGCUUCAGAAAAUAUUCAAUGAUUUUAGGAAUAAUUAUUGUGUAAACAGUGUAACAUUUUAUAAAGCGAGAGUUAAUACCAUGGAUACGCGAAAUCGAAUCUGGACGACCAAUGGUGAACACAACUCAAACAAUCCAGAUGUCAUCAGUGUCCAUACCUCUGCUGCAAAUUCAAUUACAAGGAGUGCACUGAAAGAUCCAAAUCUGAAUCCAGACCUGAUUGGAGUACAAUCAAAAUUUCGAAGAAAAUAUUACCAUAAACUUUUAUUGGCCAUUCUUAUACUUCUUAUAAUAAUUUUAUUAAUAACUGUGAUAAUUUUAGCAGUGUUGAGUAAGUCAAUAAAUAUUAAAAUAAAUUAUAAGGUCAUAUAAGUUUACUUUAUUUCAGAAAACCAUUCAAAUAGUGGCAUAUGUAAAAGCAAACAGUGCUUGCGAACAACUGCCGGUUUACUUUACUCAAUGGAUGUUACUGUGGAUCCAUGUGAAGACUUUUAUAAAUUCACUUGUGGCAACUGGGCAACUGACCAUCCGAGGCUUGAUUCGUUAACAUCCAACGACUGGUUCAGGGAACUGCAGUCAAAAACAGUGCGUAUAAUAAAGGAAUUUCUUAAGUCAGAAGCCAAUGAAACGGAACCAAAUGCCGUCAACAAAACGAAACUUAUGUAUCAAGCUUGCAUGAAUCUAGAAUUAUUGGAUGAGCUUGAUUUAGAGCCCCUAAUGCGUUAUUUAAAAAUAUUCCAAUUGCCUCCCAUACCCCUAGCAUUGAAUAUUACCCUACCGAUGGAAAACAAACAGGAAGACCCUGAUUUUGAUUGGAUUGCAACCAUAGUUCAAAUAAAGGUUCAUAUUGGAAUGGAUGUAAUAUAUGGCUUUGAUACAAUGCCGGAUUUAUUAAAUGGAACAAUUGAUAGGAUUGCCAUUGGAACUCCAGAAACGGAAUCUGAGCUACCGUUCAAAGAUGACAAUUACAAACUAAUGCUUAAGAAUAAACAUAAAGUUAUUGCAUCCCUGAACGAUAACGAUAUUGAAAGCGAUGAUAGUAAUGAACCUGCCAUAUCCAAAGGACUCUUGGAAUUUGUUUCUUAUAUUAAGAAAGUUAUUACAUUAAUAGUAUUUUAUCUUUAUCCCGAUAUUAAUUCUGAAGAAUUUCAAGCAGUGGCUGAAGAAUUGACUAUGGAUUCCAUCAAAAUAAUGAAGCAUUUGUAUAGUUUGCAAACUGAAGCAGAAAAUUCAACCAAGUCUCUUAAUCCACUAGAGGAAAUUGUUUAUUUAACAAUCGAAGAGCUGCAAAAUGAAACAGACAAAUUGAUUUACCCAAAUACUCUCCCAAUAUGGCAGUCGUACAUUAAUCUGAUGAUGAAAUCCAAUGAGCGUUUUAAUGCGUCGGAAGAAAAAAUCCUUACCGGCAAUGCAGAUAUUUUAUAUCUUAAAAAAGUUACUGAAUAUUUAGUUGAUAUUUCGAAACAGCGACUUCAAUUUUAUUUAUGGCUGAAUGUUGUAUUGGAACUAAUUCCUCAUACCACUUCAACGCUAAGACAAUUGUAUAAUGAAAAUUUACAGACGCUUUCGCAUACUGAAGGUUCAAUUUCAAGAUCAUUGUAUUGUGCUAACGGAAUAAAUAAUUUAAUGGGCUUGGCAGUGAGUUUAAGCCUUGCAAAUCAGGAUUUCAUCUCAAGUUCUUUACCAAAGGUACAAGAAAUGCUAUAUUUCAUACGUGAAUCUUUUGACAGAUUGGUAAGAUCGACUUCCUGGAUGGACGGCCCAACCAAGGAUGCUACACUUGAGAAAUCAGCUGCAGUUAAAAGCCUUAUAGGUUUCCCGGAAUGGAUAAUGAAUGCAAAUUUACUCGAUGAAUACUACGCCGAUGUCAAUGUUACCAAUAGGACUCAUUUAGACAAUAUGAUUAAUGUAUUGGCUUGGCAAUUUAAGUCCAAAAUAAACGCAUUUCAGAAAUAUAAUAAAUCGGUCGUAUGGAAGCUUUCUCCUUCGUUUGUGAAUGCUUUUUUUGAGUUCCAGAGCAAUACAAUAACUGUUCCUAUUGCUAUAUUACAAUAUCCGUUCUAUGAUUUAGGAUUAGAGUAA